UUGAACACAUGAAAUACAUCGAAUCUUUGUUGGCGUAUCAAUUCAAGUUCAUCUGAUCCUAAGUUAGGGGGAAAAAUGUCUUUUCCAAGCCCCAAGAAGCCGGAUUCCUAUUUCCCGCCCAUCGCCUCUGUGAAAAUCCGCAACGCCGCUGGUGGCGACACAUUUGACCCGGGGGAGGAAGUUCCCGUGAGUGAGAUGGUGAACAUGAUUGUCGAGGCGCUGGAGGAGCUGGACAAUGAGGAAGGCUCCACCGUGUCGGAGAUCAAAAGGUUUCUCACCUCUAAGAAAUUACUGAACCAGAACGCUGAUCUGCGUCCGGGCAUCAUACUGGCGCUGAAGACAAACAAGAUCAAACGACCUCUGAGUGCGGUCAAGGCCGGAGUGUACGGCAAGUACGUCCUGGAGGAGGCCGAGUCAGACACGGAGUUCUCUUUGAGAAGCCCGAAGAAGGGAAAGAUGAACAAGAGCUCACGGUCAGGAAAGACGAACAGAACAAGGAAGACAUAGAACAUCUAGCUGCACUGUGUACACUUUGGGUGCCUUUAAGAACAAUGUUGUCACGUGAUGACACGAUAAGGGUUUCAGAAAUAGACCCAUCCUUCAUCCAAAUAAACGAUCAAUG